UUCUAAUCACGAUGGCAGUAGCUAUGGUCGCGGCACAAGACUACCACCAUCACCACGGACACCACGAGGAACACCACGGCCACGCCUCCUCCUCACAGAGCAUCAAGCAGCACCACGGCAAAGCCACAGAGAAACACGUCGAGUACUAUUCUCACCCUAAGUACGAGUUCGCGUACAAAGUGGUGGACCCUCACACCGGCGACAAGAAAUCUCAGCACGAGUCUCGUGACGGUCACGUCGUGAAGGGCGUCUACAGUCUGCAUCAACCCGACGGCACUGUCAGGAUCGUCGAGUACCACGCUGACAAGAAGACUGGAUUCAACGCCAACGUGAAGUACGAGGGUCACGCCGUGCACAUCGUUCCUGAACACCAUCACCACCACUGAUUCAAAUCUAGUCU